ACUAUUUCCGGUGGGAUCUUGUACCGCGUUGUAUAGCAGCCAUCUUGCUACGCUCUCUUGUCUAUAAAUUGCAAUAGAUCGUCUUUAUGGACAAGAUUUUCCUGGCGGAAUAGUAAUGUACGAUACUUUCUAAUCAAAAAUGGAAUCGUGGUCAAAUUUAUGUCGGUGCUGUCUUUCGCCGGACACUACUGUGUCAAUAUUAGACAACAAUGAAAAUGUUAAAGAGAAGUUUUUGGAAACAACAUCUAUUGAGGUAAGGGAGGACGACAGGCUACCUCAAAGGCUGUGUGACUGUUGCUUUACAAUUAUGAAAUCAGCUCAUGAAUUUAGAGAACAAUGUUUAAAGAUGGACACUGAAUUGAAAACACAACUUGAUACAAUUCCUGUUGAUAUUAAAGAUGAGUUACUGUCUCAGAUUGAAAGACAUAUGAAUUCUAACCAAAAUAUGACUGAAGAGGACAAAGCGAAGGAAUCUAUGAAGAAAUUAGAAUCCAUUAUUAAAACGGAACCCAUGGAUGACGAUGAUUAUUAUUAUGUCUUAGUUAUUGAUGAUCCUAAGGACCAAGAUGAUAAGAAUGAUAAGAAACCGCUUUCUCCUCCACAUCCUAUUAAAAAAGAAAUUGAACAUGAAGAUGUCAAUAUUUGCAUAAAUGAAGAUUCAAAUUCGCAGAAUGCUGAUACAAAUGAAUUUGUCAUACAAAAUGAUUCAUUGCAGAGUUGUAUUGAUUCAUUCUUAAUAUCAAACACAAAAGUUUCAGCGAGUGUUCCGGAAACUAUUUUAGAAAACGAAGAAGGGCAUGAAAAUGAAGUUGAUUUUGUGAAUGCACUGGAUAUUGUCGACUCAAAUGAAGACCAGCUUAUUACAAUUGACAAUGCCAACAAUAAAGACAAUCCUAUAACUGUUACUCUUGCCGAUGGAGUUAAAGAGUUUAACUCGAGAAAUUUGAUCAAAAUUGUUACUCCAUCUGGUCUUGAAAAGACGAUACUACUAAAAAAUGAUGAAGGUGUUAAGUAUUUAACAACAACACAGGAAGAAUCCAAUGAUAAUGACGACAAUAUGUCACAAGAAGAAAUAAUAUUGUGUGAGGGUGAUGAUAAUUCACAGUUUCAGAUAUUAAAAGUAGAUGGUUCAGAAUUUGUGAUUGAAUACACGGAUGAGGGUCAGAUAGCAACUGUUCUGCAACAAGAAGAUGGGACGUUCCUCUGCGAUUGUGGAGAACAGUUUGAAGAUUUAGCUGAGUUUGAAAAACAUCAAUACAAACAUAACCCAGCAGGUGAACAUUUAUGUAACCUGUGCGGCAAAGGUUUCGAAACUGCGGAAAUAUUGACUGGCCAUACACUACUCCAUAGAUCAACUGGGCCAGUUGUUUCCUGUCCGUUCUGUAACCAAGUUGUUAGACGGAACGGCCUAACCCAACAUAUAAAAUACACUCACAACACCAAGCCCCAAUGUGAGCUUUGCCAGAAGACAUUUGCGAACCAGAAUAACUUGAAACGGCAUAUGAUAAUACAUAGCGGAAUCAAGGAAUUUGUCUGUGAUAUAUGUUCCAAAAGAUUCAAUCAAAAAAUCACAAUGCAAACGCACAGAUUGACACACAUCAAUUCAACAACUUGUAACCUCUGUGACACAGUGUUUGAAGAUAAAGCUGCUCUAACAUUGCAUAAAGAAUCCGACGAAUGUACAAGAUCAAAAAUCCAUCUUGUCAAAGAAGAAUUAAUGAAGACCGUACGGCAAGAAGUAACAACGAAUUUGGGAAAACUAUUGGGUUAUGCGUGUUCAAUAUGUAAGAAGAUGUUCUCGCUCGAAUCAGCGUUGGACCAUCACAUAGAAAAAACGCAUAUUAUAGAAAAAUUGGAAGAUAAAAAGGGUAAUAAACAAAUGAAGAGAUUCGAAUGCACAAUCUGCGGCAAGAGAUGUGCGAGUCAAGCUAUGUUGAUAAUGCACGAACGUGUCCACACAAAUGAGAGGCCGUUCCCUUGUCAAUUGUGUUCACUACGAUUUAAGACCAAGACGCACUUACGAACGCAUCAAUUAACGCAUACCAGAGAGAAAAAGUUUGGAUGUUCGGUUUGUAUGAAGUUCUUUGCGCUAAAAGGUAACUUGGUGGUGCAUUUACGCACUCACACAGGAGAGAGGCCGUAUGUAUGCACAAUUUGCGGAGAAGCAUUUAUCGAUUCUAAAUAUUUGAAAAAACACAAAUUGAGAAAGCAUUCAAUUGAUAAUAUGCCUUGGAAUAAGUACUGAAGAGGUUUUGUGCUAUCUCAUAGAAUAUUUUCACAGAAAUCGUUGAUUAAGUGUGUUCGAAGGUGGAAUUUUGUUUUAUAUUAGUAACUAAUAUAUACAAAGCGCAAAGCGUACUGUAUAAGUCGUACUUGAUAGAGUAGCCAACUGCAGACCUCAAAUAAAAUGUAAUUUUUUAAUGAUAUAGCAAUAAAUAGGGUUAGAAUAAAUUGAUAAUGCUAUACACAUAGGCGUUAUGACUGACAAUUUUGUAGAAAACUUGAAUUUUUUAUGAAUUGUAAUAUAAGUACAGGCAAUAGCAAUAUUUGUAAUGUUUAUUUUGAAUUUUUGUAAUGUAACGAAGUUUUUAGCGUUUGACUUCUAAAGUAAUGGACUAGGUAUUUAAGUGUUUCUUUAUACAUUAUUGGCUGAAGAUUUUUCUGGAUAAUUAUUGUACAAAAAACUUAUUUGCAAUGUAACUUUACGAUUUAUUGUAACUGUAACAAAAAUUAAACUAGAAACGAUUAUCUCAUUAUUUUGAAGUAUUAUAAAGUGAAAAUUUAUUAAUAUUAUAAACUUCUCUUCUCUGUUAAAAAAGCGACAGGAAUAUCCAAAGAAAUUUAUUUCUUCAGGUCAAUAAUUAGUAUAUUCUGUGGUGAUAUUGUCGUAUGUAUUUUAAUUCCAAACUUAAGUUGUGUUGAAUACCAAAAUUAAUAAUUUUUAGUUGUUAGGAUUUCGUCGAAACAAAUAAAUUAGGGUUAUUAGUUGAUAAUAAUGUAAAGCUGAAGAGUUUGUUUGAAUGCGCCAAUCUGAGGAACUACCUGGACCGUUUUAAAAUUUCGUUCGCCAUUGUAUGUACUUUGGGCGAAUCCGGGGCGGUCCGUUAUAGUUGAUAUGUAGAGACUGGAUACGCAUGUAAAACUAGGUAUGAAUUUUUAUACUUGAAUAAAAAUUUAUAUAUAA